AUGAUUUCAGGCGACGAAGCCAAGAUCCGCAUCCUGCAGCAGAUCGAAACGGUGUCCGGCUCGAUCUCGUUGGUCCACGUCGACGACCUCUGCCGCGCCGAGGUGUUCCUCGCCGAGAAGGAGGCGCCGGCGGCGGAGCGGUACAUCUGCUGCAGCCUCAGCACCACCGCCGGCGUGCUCGCCCGCUUCGUCUCCGUCAAGUACUCGCAGUACAAAGUCAGGACCGACCGGUUCAGUGGUUCCCCCGAGAAGCCGAGAGUGUGCAUGUCGUCGGCGAAGCUCGUCGCGGAAGGGUUCGAGUACAAGUACAAGACCCUCGACGAGAUAUACGAUGAUGUCGUCGAGUACGGCAGGGCCUUGGGAAUCCUUCCGUACUGAUUGAUACGUGAACGCGACGAGGCACUCCAUCUAUCUCCAGAUCUCACGAUCAAGUGAGAUGCGCUUGCAAUAAGUCUAGCCUCCUCCUAAGUACAAGUAUGCUGGAAUGGGGACAUACUGACCGCAUUUC